UUUAUACGACUUUCUCUCUAACAAAAAAAACAUGCAAAGGAUGCUGAUGAUCAAUAGACCAAAACAAGAAACUACAACAACAAACAUCAUUAACAACCAUCAAAAACAACCGAUGUUGCCGUGGCGACGACUAACGAACGACGAAGAAGCCUCGGUCAUGGUCAACGCUCUGAAAAGUGUCAUCCUAGGAAGUCCAGAAAAUGUUUUUAAUGAACAAUAUCAUCAUUCAAGGAUGACGUCAUCUCCAUUCGAGUACUCGGGAUUUCCUGUUCCAAGUACUACUACUACUACUACUAAUUCUUCGUCUGGUUCUGGAGUUGGUGUUGUUGCUGAUUGUCCUGUUUGCAAAAUAAAAGGAUGUCUUGGAUGCAACUAUUUCGCGGAUGAUAUGAAUUUAAAUUUAAAUUCAAAUAAUGGCAGGAAAGCUUUAUUGGGCUCAGGUGGCCCAAUAAAGAAAAAGAAAAAAAAUUAUAGAGGAGUGAGACAAAGACCAUGGGGAAAAUGGGCCGCGGAAAUAAGAGAUCCAAGAAAAGCUGCCCGAGUAUGGUUAGGGACGUUUGAGACGGCCGAGGCGGCUGCUAGAGCGUACGAUAAAGCCGCUAUCGAGUUUAGAGGACCAAGAGCGAAGCUCAACUUUGCGUUUACGGAUUACUUGAGUACGACGUCAACGUCGGUGGAAGGUGAUGGUGAUCAGAAAGUGGUGCCACGGAAGGAAAAUGUGGUUACUAGAAAGAAGGUUGAAAAGAAGAAGGCGGCGGAUGUCAUGGAGAGUGAUUUCUUGGAAGGGAUAGGGGAACAAGAUAUACAAGAAUGGAUGAAUAUUAUGAUGGAUUUUAAUGGUGAUUCUUCUGAUUCUACUUUUAGUGGAAAUGUUCAUAGUGUUUGAGUGAAUUUAUAUAAUGCAACGUAGCUAGCUAGUGUGAUAAUAUGUAGGUAAUUUUGUAUGUUUCAAAAACAUAUAUACAUUAUUAAUGAAAUUUCUCCCACUUUUACGAAUGGAGAUUGAAAUUAAA